UACAUUUUAUUGUUUAGAAUUAUUAUUCAUAGUUUAUAUUAUAAGUCCUUUAUAGUCAUUUUACACAACCUCUCAUUAAAAAAACACUUUUAAUAGUUUUUUUUAUCCAAACAGUCAACUGCUUUUUUUGAAAAGUACUUCUCUAAAAGCUCAAGCUAGAAGCUGCUUCUUGCAAAAUCUACAUCAGGGCCAAACUGAGCUUUUAUGCCCCUGCAUGUGGCAUUUUGCGGCUCAAUCACGCGAUGAGCGGAGGAAAUUAAGAGAAUUUAAAUUACUUCUAUCAAUUAUGAUACAUGGGUAAAAUUGAUAAAUUUAGGAAACACAACAAUUCAUAAGUUUUUAGUCCUCCUUCCCCAAUUACCACGAUUCAAAUAAGCCCAUCAUUCAGAUGUCUGACUUCGCCAAUAUCGGCGACGAUACAUGUAAAAAAAAAAAAAAAAUAAUUCAUACAUAGCGAUUACAUUACCCGGCCUGUUUACGUACUUGGGGAUGCAUGAUGCAAAAUUGGUUGGCGCAGGGCAUAUGAUUCUCCUCCACCUCCUCAUCAUCAUCAUGCGCUCGAAAAGAUUAUUCCAACCCACCUCUCUGGAAACAUCUAUAUGUACGCGUUAGCUAGUCUUUUGGGAAAGCAGAGAUCCCCCCCUGCAAUCCUUUGUGAUCACGAUCAAUCCCUUUCGCCAGCCCAUGGCGAACGAAGUUAGAUCAAGGUUUCAAGUUCGGUUCGGAAGGCUAGUAUUUGUUAGAGAGUGGUAUAAGAUCCAGUAUAACCUCUCAACAACUCGAGUUAUUGGGAGCAAUUGGUUUUUGACAUGGUAUCAGAGCCUUGUUUGACGUCAAAUAGUCGUGUGUUCGAAUCUCCAUGACCCCCAUAUUAACAGUUGAUUAAAGCACAAGAUAUGGUGGGCCUGUGAAAACUUUCAAGUUCAUGGAUUGACUUUCGUUUGAGGGGGCGUGUUAGAGAGUGGUAUAAGAUCCAGCAUAACCUCCUAACAACUCGAAUUAGUUGGAGCAACUGGUUUCCUCGAAUUACGAUGACUCACAUGGAGCUAGGUAGCUUUCGAUCGCUCAUCCUCCCAACCUCCCACGAAGCGGAUCAGAAGAAGCAGUCAAGUACUUGUGCAGUGCUUUACCAAUUGCACCAGUCAGCCCACACCAUGUGAACUCUUGUCAUAGUAACUGAAAGUUUUGUAGAUGUAAAAAAUCUCUCAAUCUCUGGACUUUGGGAUAUGUUUUUACGAAAAUCUCUAGUAAAACGUCUCGUUAAAGGCGUGAACAAUUCCACAAUAGUUUCGAAACUACUAAUCAUAAUAAAACAAAGUGAAGAUACAUAAAUUGGGUUCUUCUCAUACAUAUAUUAUUGAUCAUAGUCAAAUAAAUAUUUAUAGAGUAACAUAAUCAAAUUCCUUUUCCCCUCACCCUAGGCUUUUACCUCUCUCAUUAUUCUUUUCCUAGGAGGGGCCAGGGUGCUAACAUUUUUUUUUUAUAAUGGUGCUAACACUAGCUCCAGCCAAUAUGAACUUUUCGUUUUGAUGACUUUUCCAUUUAAAUGAGUUGAUCACAAUUAAUGAUGGGGAAUGAGAAUGGGAAUGGGAAUGGGAAGGAGAAUGAGUGGCACAUUUGGUAUUAUAUAUGAAAAAAUUGGGAAAAGGAGGAAGGAAGAGAGGGGAGACUACAAACCAAACCACAACCUCAAAGCAGGUCACUACCUUCUCAAAGCCUGCCACAACUUACUCAAGCAUGUCACAAAUCCACAAAACAUGCCACAACUUUAUAAAGUAUGUCACAAGUAGCAGACCUGUUUGUAAAUUUGAAAAGUUUAAGUACCAAAAUGUAAGGGGGGAAAUUUCAGGUAUAAAAAUGUAAUUUUACUUCAAUAUUUGUAGGACUCAAAUGUGAAAAAAUAAUUUUAGGUACUAGAUAUUAGUACAUAUUAAAUUUAGGUACCAAAUUGUAAUUUAUAAAUGAAACCUAGAAAAGAUGGGGAUUGCUAUUCGUCGCCCUAAAACUCCUUAUUUGUCGCCCUAACAUUUAUUAAAAUGACUUAAAUAUCCUUAAUUUAGUUUUUAUUUUCAAAACAUAUAAAUAUUAAAAUUAUAGUCGAAGAAGAAUCAUCAUCGCCUUGUUCUCCUUUGACGCUGACAAUACCGAGGUGGUCAUCGUUAGCGUUUGCGUCCGCAUCGAACAUGACUAUCUUGUGGUGGCGGUGGUCUCCGAGGGUCUCCCAAUCGUCGUCGCCGAUACGGAUUUCAUGGAGCUGUUCCCCAUUAAUGAUCAACUUUUGGACUUUCUCUAGCUAGUUUGGAUUUCUUUUAUGUCUAUAACAUAGCAAAAGUUGGCGUAAGUAAUGAAUCUGGGCUAAAAAGAUGGGCGACUGGGGAAUGACACCGGCAAACCAAGCUUCAGUCCUUCUUACUCCUGCUUCUGCUUCUUCUUUUUUCUUCCUCAGCAACGGGUCGUCGAAUUGGAGGAAUCGAGGUGGGUGACCAGCACUCGGACCUUCUUGUUCCUCCGUCCUUAGCAAUGACAGUAGGCUAGCGCUCAGACCUUCUUCUUCCUCCUUUCUCGGCAAUGACAGCAGGCCGGCAGAGUGUGGAAUGGGAGCGACGGUGGGUUAGGGAUCGGCAGCGGUGGUCGGACGAUUUUUCCGAGUUAGGGAUUCGGGAUUGAAAAUGGGUAUAAGGGUAUACAAGUCAAUUUAGUAUGAUUUAGGGCGAAAUAAUUUAAAUUUUAGGGCGACGAAUAGCAAUUCAGGAAAAGAUACGUAAAUGAAAGGGAAGGGGAAGGAGAAAGGAAAGAUUAAACGCAUAAAUACUAUAAUGUCCUUAAUGAAAGUGUUAGUAUGGUCCACUCCCUCUUUUCCUACUUGAAUUAAUUUACUAGAAAUAAUAAUUACUAUAAAAUCUAUUAUGACUAGAACAAUGCGAUAAUAAAAUGAUCUGAGUAGUCUCAAAAUAAUAACUAAAUAUGAAUAAUCAAAUAAAAGAUACGCAAGCCUAUUGGAAUUAAAAAUAAUAACUAAUUAAUGUCGGACUUAAUAUCAACCUUCUGACGGGUGUAUCUCUCCCGGCCCUUUAUUAAUUCUUGUCAAUCUUUUGAAUUUAAAAAGUUAUUUAAACGAAAUGUUCAUAACUAUAACCUGAUCUAACUCUCAAAACCUUCUAGUUCAACUAAACUACAUCUUGUCCUACCUCUUUCUCAAAUCUCUUAAUUACCUCAACCCCACUAUUAUUGUUGGUACCUUUAUUCUCAUCAUCAAACUUAUUAACUUCAUCUACUCCACAUGCACAUAUACUCCCCUCUUCAAGCCUCCCAUUUAUGCUUCCCUUGUCAUUCAACCUUCCUUCCUCUCUCUCCAUCUCUCUCCCUCUCCAUUUCAAUUCCCAUAAACUUCCACCAUGAAAAAACUGGCUGCAGCAGCAUUGUUCUCAAUCCUUUUCAUACUAUGCCACCUUCCCGAUACUAAUGCGGCAACUAUUAGCAGUGUCACAGAGAAGCUGGACGAUCAAAACCAGCCAACGGCAGAGAUAAAGUGUGGAUCGUGCCCUUGCGUCGACCCAUGUAGCCAGCUGCCGCCGCCCCCGUCACCACCACCGCCGCCGCCUCCACCACCACCUCUGCCUUCGCCUUCGCCACCACCACCACAACUUCAACCGCCUCCUCCGCCCCCGGAUUGUACUCCUCUUUCGCCUCCGCCACCGUCACCUCCACCGCCAAGAAUUGUGUACGUGAAACCCCCGCCGCCGCCGAGGUUCGUGUACGUGACGGGAGAUCCGUAUGACGUGGAUUUAUACAGCGGAGGAGAACGCAAUGUAAUCGAUGGUGGCUUGAUGAUUAUUAAGGGUAUAUGAUUGGUUGUGGAUUGAUGUUCUAGUAUGGAUUCGCAGGUUGGGAUUCAUGAUAUAUUUUUUUUUUUAUGCAUUUUGACAUUGGCUUUCAUUUGUAUUUGUCAAUCAAACAAAUGUUGUACUUGUGGUCUCUAGAAUUCGUAUACUAUUGCUGCGCGUGAAACGGAAUCGAACAUACUAUAUAUAUAUAUAUAUAUAUAUUCUCUCGCAUUGUUUCACAGUGUUCAUGUUUAUCUGUACGUUGAAAUUCAAUGCAGUGAAAAUCUCUCUUUUUUCAAGGUUAAAAACUUACGCUUUUACGCUUCUAGGUUAUCAAAACACUUUUAUGCAGAAUCGCACUUUUUCCCUCAUCAAAUAUAAUCAAAAUCGCGUUUCAAAACUUGAAAGCUUACACUUUCACAAUUCUAAAUUACCAAAAUGCUUCUAUAUAUAUAUAUAGAAUCACGCUUUUUAACUGCAAUGCUUUGAACCUAUACACAAGAUGGUGAAGAAGGAAACGAAGGUUUUUGGGAAAGUGAAAGAUUUUGCGUAGUAUAGAAGUUGGCAUAUAUCCAUCCAUCCAUCCAUACAUAUAUGACUAGUGCCACUAAAAGCAGUUAUGCGGAAGGAACCUUGCUUUCCUUUCCUUUCCUUUCACUUCCUUGGGCGGGCAGAGAAGAAUCUCGCCGGCCCUCAGCAUCAGCAGCAUAUUGCACUUUAUACGGCCAGCCAGCCAGCCAGCCAGCGCAAUAUUGAUGGUGGUCAGAACAAGAUUCUCUGUGUGUUCUUGCCGCCAUCUCCGCCGUUGCCGAGCCAAUUCAUUUGUUCAUGAAUUAAGAAAGCCAAGGAGAGCAGGGCAGAUUGUUGUUCAUAUUUUCCUUCGAGAGUAGUACGUAGUAGGUCCAAUUCUCCCUUAGCAAUUGACACCAUUCCCAUUUGGCAGUUUGAGAACACAACCGAAUCAACAACAAUGGACAUCAAGAACCUCAUUUAGUAAUUCCAUGUUACAUCAGUCUAAGUAAAAAACAUUUCAUAGUCAAUUGUGUCUAAAAAUCUUGACGAAGCUAACUACCAUAUGUGGCCAAGAGCUGUUAGAAUGGCCUUGAAAACUAAACAUAAUACCGAGUUCAUUGAUGUGUCAAUACUAAUUGCAGUUUUAGGAAAUCCCGAUGAUAGUACGUGGGAUGCUUGUAAUACUCGUGUUUUAUCUUGGAUUACGAGUUCCACUGAUGUUUUUUUUUUUUUUUUUUUGAAGGAGUGUGAUGCAACAUGAGGUGACUAAAAAUCUUUGGGAAGAAGUGAAGAAAUGAGUUGGGCAUACUAAUGCUCUUAAACAAGGAAACCUCAAUGUGACACAAUAUUAUACUGUACUCAAGGUAUUAUGGAAGGCAUAUUUACAAUUUAGUCUCAUAGUGGAGUGUGAUUGUGUUACAGAUGCGAUUUGGCCUUGUGCAACUAUUGAGGCUUUCAAUGGAAAUAUGAAGUGGAUAAUCUUAUUUGAUUUCUUAGAGGCUUAAGACCUGAGUUUAAUGUUGUUCAAACUCUCAUGAUGAAACCAUUGCCAACUGUCGACAAUGUUGCGAAUGAUGUGCUUCAAAAUGUGUCGAAAAUCAGAGGUGAUAAAGCUAGAGUGACAGGGGGUGUGCAAACUGUAGCUCUAGGAGUUCAAGGAGACCAAUAUAAGCCAUGAGACACAUCUGAUUAUAAAAGGUUUUGUAGAUACUGCAAGAAAGAGAAGCUCACUAAAGAAGAGUGUUGAAAACUGAAAAAAGGCUAGAAUAACUGGAGGUGUUGUUAUAUCAAUUGUAUCAGAAACAGAGUCAUACUGACAGUGACUUAGGUAGUACACAAACCAGAGUAUUGGGACCAUGAGUACUAGUAACAUUCUAAGUCUCUCAUUUGAAGAAAUUAACAAGCUUAAGUUUCUCCUUCAAUCAGUAAUAGUCCAUCACCACCAGCGUCACCUUCAGUGAAUCACCUUGCUUUCUCGGUUGCACAACACAUGCCACACUUCACGAAUCGUGUUGGUAAAUAUAUUCUCUACUCAUGCUUGGAUGAAUCUAUGAUAGAAACAUGGAUACUUGACACUAGAACUUGGAUCUUUUUGCAUGCAUUCUUACUUCAUUCAUUGAAGUUACUCCAGUGAAUUAUCAAUUUGUGUUCACCAAAUGGUACUGGGGUAGCUAUCAGUCAUAUAGGAAAAGUGAAACUACCUACUGGUAUGAUCCUAGACAAUGUCCUCCUAGUGCCUAAUUUUACAUUUAAUUUAGUUUCAAUUAGUAAGCUCACCAAUGAUCUCCCUUUUUUCUUACACUUUAAAUCUGAUUAUCGUCUCAUUCAUGAGCUGAUGACCCAAAGAAAGACGCCUUUGGUAAAACAAAAUAGAGGACUCUACCAAUUGCUUUCACAAUCACUACAAAUCAUCACCACCACACCAUAUGCAACUUCCAACAACAAAACAUAGAGGUAUGGGCCGGGUUGGAAGCUAGAAAAUCCAAGUAGAGACAAAGAGAAACAACUAGCACCAUUUAACAGGAAUGUAGUUUUUCAUUGUGAGACAUGUCAUUAUGCCAAACAUAAAAGACUUUCAUUUCCAAUUAGUCUCAGUCGUGCACAAAAUGCUUUUGAAUUGAUUCGUGAAAAAACAUUUGAGGUCCACUUGAUGUUAAAUUCAAUGAGGGAUACUCUUUAUCGUCUUACCACUAUGUAACACCUUCGUUUUAACUUAAAUUUUGUAAAAUUCCGUACAAAAUGAGCGUUUUCAUCAUGAUCGAUUGAGAUCCAAAAUCUAUUAGGAAAAAUUCCAGUAUUAAAUAUACCACCCUGAUAUAUGUGGUAAUUUACGAUGAAAGAUGGUAAAUGAUAGCUUAAAUGUCAACUCAUCGACCGAUUUCAUUGAUAAGUAGCCUCAAUGGCAAUUACAUCAGCAAUUGGUUUGGGAAAGCUAUCACCAACAUAAACCACACACUGAUCCUACGGAAAUAUAUGGGCCAAUAGGUGAGCUAUGCUAUUUAUUUCCCUAUAGGAAAAUCUCCAUUGUCUCUCAUGUAUUCAUAUUAUCAUGUAUUAUGUAUACAAUCGUUAUAAGUUAGGAUCCGUACACAAAGUAUUAUCACUAUGAUAUAAAUUGGUAGCAUAUGUUUUAAUGUUUUUUGUUCAAAAAUAUAUUAAAGUUGAUAUUAUUUGAAGAACACGAUUAAUCUAAUAUUUUAAAAAAAAAUAUUAAAUUUCAAGGUAAAAGGAAAGAGAUAUAGCUAGUUAAAUUUGAUUAGAUAAUGAUCAAUCAUGUUAAUGACGGGAUAGACUCAAGGGAAUCACAUAACUACCACACAUGCAUUGUAAUCGUAUGGUACAGCAAAGCAAAGAAAGCGUCGGUGGAUUAUUGUUUAACUACUAGUGUCAGAAUAUAACACAUAUAUAUAUUAUUAGUUUCCAAUUAUACAAUUGAUCGCGACUUUCCAACCCAUCAUUUCACCAAUUUAGACAACAUCAAAAUUAAUCAUGUGGCAAGAUAAGAAUAAUUGACAUUUGUCGUUUUACAUUCAAGUCCCUUUCAACUCAGUUAAUCCUUUUAGAAAACACCAAUUAAUGUACCCCCUACCAAAAGCCUCCAUCAACUUUCAUUAUUACUUAACAAAAAGGUUAAAUUUCCUUCAUAAUGUUCUAUAAUGGUCCGUCUAAUUUGUUGCUAUCAUCAGUCAUUUUUAGAAGUUGAUAUGUGUAUCGUUUUUACAAGGAGCUUUUAGAAGUUGAUCUAGGAUAAUAUGAAAAAUGAUAACAUUCAACAAAUUUAAUGUAUUAACUAUGGAUCAACAAGCAUUGCCGAAAUAUUUUAAAACUAAACUUGGUCAUAUUAAGGUGGGUAUGUCUACAAAAAAAAAAAAAAUUAUAUGAGCCGACUCUGUUGUUACACUAAUUCAUCUACCUUUCCAACCACGUAGAUCCUUCAUAGUUGUUGCCCGUCAAAUGUUCUUUCUUUCGAGUGAUAAGUUCAGUUGAUACAUGUCUACCGUGAGCGUACCAAACAAUUAGUACAUAACAAUUGAGUCUUGCCUGCAGAGCUGUACAUCAUAGAUAGUACUUAACAAGUAAUUAUGUCAUUGACAUUAUAUGACAUCGUUAUUGAUAUCUUCAAAUUCAGAUUGAUUAAUAAUACAGGUUAAGACGCGUCUUUAUUGCGAAAACUAUUAUAUGAAUGAGCCCAAAAGUCCAAAAUAGAAAGGAAAAAAAAAGAUUGAAAACCCAAGAAAAGUCAGUAGAUAGAACAAAGCCUCCACCAGUGAGCACAUAACAGCUCAAAGAAAGAAAGAAAGAAAAAAAUCCUCUUGAAAAAGUCAUAUAUUCCCUCCUAUCACUAUAAACCAUAUCAUCACAU